CCAACUGAUGUGAUCGGUGACUUCCUCGCAUUCUGCGAGUUCGCGUUGCGACUCGGACCUUAGGUACUUAUGUAAUUCAAGUGGUAUUCAUAUUUUGAAGGCUGGAAACAAAAGCUCCGUACUCUGGUGGUACUCAGCCCGUCCGAUGACGGAGGCGUGAUGGCGCUGCCCGUGGGUAACAGCAGCAGCGGGGGCGGCGGAGACCCGUCGCCCGACCCCAGCGGAGGCGGCGUCAUGGAGGAACUCUUCCCGGCCGUCAUCCAGUGCUUCAGCGUCACACUCUGCGGGUACCUGGCCGGCCGGUUCAAGGUCAUCUCCAGCCAUGAGGGGCGUGGCAUUGAGCUGUUUGUCGGCAAGUUCGCGCUGCCGACUCUCAUCUUCCUCUCGAUGGCCACGCUGGACUUCACCGUGGUCAACUGGAACUUUUUGUUGGCGAUCCUGCUGUCCAAGUCUGCCGUGUUCGCGGUGGUGCUGAUCGGCUGCCUGGUGGUGACGCGGCCGUCCGACUACUCCACCGGCGCCCUCUACGCCAUCUUCUGCACCCAGAGUAACGACUUCGCGCUCGGAUAUCCCAUCAUCUCUGCGAUCUACAAGGACUCCCACCCGGAGUUUGUCAGCUACCUGUACCUGGUGGCUCCGGUGUCGCUGUGCCUGCUGAACCCGGUCGGCUUCGUGCUGAUGGAGCUCUGGAAGCGGCGCCACCUCUCCCUGGCGCUGGAGAGCGGUGACGGCCCAGCUCGCCGGCGAGUCUCCGUCUGCCGGCUGGUGCUGCUCUCGCUGAAGGGCGCCUUCACCAACCCCAUCGUGGUGAUGACCGGACUGGGCGUCGUGGGGAACGUGGUGUUCCAGCACGUCAUACCCAAGGUGCUCUACAACAUCCUCAAUACGUUCUCGGAGUCGUACUCGGCCACGGCGCUGUUCAUGCUCGGCCUGCACAUGGUGACCGAGUCCAAGUCGUCGGCGCGCUCCGGCCGCUACGUCGUGCCCUUCAUCUUGAUCGGCGUCAAGUCGGUGGUGAUGCCGCUCGUCACCCGCGAGUCCAUGAGCCUGCUGCAGGGAUCCAGCACCGCCAACACAAACAUCACCAUCGAUCUGACCAACUACGCGUUUCUGUACGGAAUCCUGCCGACGGCGCCCAGCGUCCUGGUGUACGCCACGCACUACGAGACCGCCGUGGAGGUGGUGGCCAGCUCUCUGGUGAUUGGCACCUUCCUCUCUGCGCCGCUCAUGUUUGUCUCGGCCUGGAUGGUCAGUCUGUACUCGACUGUAGAGCCGUCCCAAUACAUCCAGUACAUCGACCAGUACAUCUUCGACAUCAGCACCAUCGGACUCGUCUGCUGCGUCUGGGUACUGGGAGUGUUUGUGCUGAGCGGCAAAUUCAGACGGGUGCCGCACUUCAUCACCACCUGCCUGAUCGUCUCUCAGGUGAGGAACUCGGGAUGCGCCGUGUCGGAUGGGGUCGCAGAACCCAACACCCCGUGA